AUGCCACCACGCAAGACCAAAUCUGACGCCAAAUCUUUCUAUUCAGACGAAAUGAUAACUAAAUCUACACGACGGAGCCAGCCAGCCCGCAGGGCCACAGGAAAAAAGAGUCCCUACUUCGAAAGCUCAUCGCCUGAGCCGCAGGAGCCCGCGAACGCGAGGCCGAAAAAGAGAGAUAGGAGUCCAAUUGAUAUGGUUUCUUCAUCCGGUUCUACCAAAAGAUUGAAAAGGCCAGAAGAGAUUUUUAUACCUAUCAGACAAGCUAGCCCUGGGGACACCGAGUACCAUCCACAUAAGAUUCAUCCCAAUACUUUGGAUUUUUUGAAGGCUCUAGCAAAGAACAAUGAUCGCACAUGGUUUAACGAAAAUAACGGCCUGUUCAAGGGCGCCAAAUCCGAUUUCGAGUCGUUUAUUGAAAAUUUGAGCAAGUCAAUUAUUGCUGAAGUGGAUGAUACAAUUCCGGAACUACCACUAAAAGAUUUGAUUUUUCGGAUCUAUAGAGAUAUCCGAUUCAGUAACGAUCGAACGCCUUACAAGACCCAUUUCUCUGCUGCAUGGUCGCGGACGGGCAAAAGGGUCCUUACGCAUGCUAUUUCUUGUCAUUACAGCCCGGAAACUCAUUCAUAG